UUCAUCAAAAAGCUAGCAAGCUAACAGGUAGCCGGUAGAUGUUUUCCUGUUCAGGUCUUGCCGUAGCUUGUCUUUACCGUGUUAAAUUUAUACCGUCUCUGCAGCAGGCUAGAUCUGUCACUUUAAAGGCUGUAACGUUACCCGACCUUGUGCUGGUGCUCAGCUGCCGGUACAGAGCCCCUCUGCCCGGUGUCGCCCUGCACAGAAGGCACUACUCCAGAAACAGACAAAUGCCCAAAAAGGUGAAAGAACAGCUGGCAGGUUGUGGAGGAGCGGCCGUAGCAGAAGCCUGUGGUCCAGUAACCAAAGACAAAAGUGGUGCUGUAACCAUAAGAGUUCAUGCAAAGCCCGGCUCCAAACACAGCAGCAUCACAGAAGUUUCUACAGAGGCAGUAAGUGUUGCCAUCUCAGCACCACCUACAGAUGGAGAGGCCAAUGCUGAGCUUAUUCGCUACCUGGCUGAGGUUCUGGGCCUGAAGAAAAGUCACGUGUGUCUGGACAAGGGGUCCAGGUCCAGAGACAAAGUCAUCAAAGUGGACUCUUCUCUCAGUCCAGAGGAGGUGUUGAGGAAGCUCAGACAGGCUGUAGGCUGACAAGAGGGAUGUCAGUUUCCAGCAGUCAUCCAAACUUACCUGGAUCUGUGUUUAAAGCAAUUGUCCCUACAACUAAUAAACUAAUAGCUGGUUGUGCCACCUUUGACAGCAGGAACUGCUAACCAAGUUUGGGAUACAUGGGAAUGAGUCAUUUACAAUUUGCUGUGCGAAAUUUUGGAAUGACAUGAACAGCCUGUUUAAGGUUAUGCCAAAGUGAGUUUUCCCUUGGAGCUCUACCAUGGAUGCUAUUUUUGUGUAGUCUCCUAUAGGUGUUUCAUGAAGGGGAGGGGGUGGGUGUUCUGUAUGAAGUAGGCAAAAGCGGAAUAAAAAUGAAAAUUUUGAAACCACUGUAUCUUUUAUAAACAGAAAUGAAUUCUCCCAAUCAAUAUAGCAAUUAUUAGCAAGCAAUAGAAAGAAUGCAAAUUGAAUUUUAGUAAAAUAAAUGUCAGGAUGAUCAUCAACAAAAUCUUUUUUCCCCCCAACUUAAAUCAUUUAACUCAAAUGUAUUAUGUGUUACGUCCACCAGCUACAAUAUAGGAUGUUCAGCCCAGUUUUGAAUGUUAACAGUGGUUAACAUUUAAUUCAAUUCAUACAAAGUUCACACACACACACACACACACAGGACUGAAAGACAGCACAGAGGCACUAAUCAUGG